AUGGCAGCCGCUCCGAGCGCAAGGUCUGUGAAGCCAGAGGGGCUCGCAGCGGCCAUACUUGCGCUCACAAUAGCCUUCUUCGUACUGUCUACUUUUACCGUUAUCCUGCGGACGACCGUCAGGGUGGCGCACCGUUGUUUCGGUGUCGACGAUGGACUUAUGUUGGCGGGACUGAUGCUAUUCAUGGUGGACUGCGGCGUCGUGUCGUACGACACCUUCGUCGGCCUGGGCACACCAGAUGCGAAGCUCAACGCCUUCAUGUCUAGCGAGGGCAUCAAAUAUGUCGUCUUCUGGCAGGUGUUUUACGUGACGUCGCUUUGCUGCAUCAAGAAUGCAAUCUGCACGACGCUCCUGCGCAUCGCCGUCCAGAAAGUUCACCGUAUCCUGGUCUGGAGCAUCAUCGUUAUCAGCAUCAUCACGUCGUUGAUCGGCUUCGUUGGCGUCUUGACGACGUGCAAGCCCGUGGCUGCCAACUGGGACCCGAGUCUUGGCACUUGCGUCAGCACCGACGUGAUCACGAACCUCAGUUACCUCGUUUCGGCCUCGUCUAUCCUGACGGACUGGUCAUGUGCCAUUCUCCCCAUCUUCAUCUUGUGGAAGACGCACAUGCAGACGUCGAUGAAGGUCUCUGUGGGCUUGAUUCUGGGGCUGGGCGCCAUAAGCACAAGCGCCUCUGUCUCGACCAUCAUUCGCAUGCCGUAUCUGAGAUUUUACAAGGAUCCCAAUGAAUACCUCUUCCACAUGGGCAACGUGAUCCUCUGGUCCAUCUUCGAAUGCGGCGUCGGCCUCAUCGCCGGCUCCCUCCCCAUGCUGCGCAGCCUCUUCAAGCGCUGGCUGGGCACCGACUCGCAAGCGGGCGACGGCUCCGCCCCGCUGCCACCGCUCUCGUUCGCCACGUUCGGCGGCACGCCUGGCAUGCCCAGCGGCCGCGACUACAAGAGCAGCAACAAAAGGAGCGGCAAGAGCAGCGCGGCGUCGAUGCGGCGCUUCCAGAACCCGACCAACAAGGGCCACUCGCUGGCGACGGUGCACGGCGGGCCGCGCCGCCGCACCGACAGCGGCGAGUGGGAGCCGCUCGACGACACCAGCAGCCGCCAAAACUACAUCAUGGAACACCACACAGUGCGCGUCGAGUUCGAGAUGAAAGACAUGGUCGACAGCCCAAGAGCCCUGCGCCGGACGGACUCGACUGAAGAGCUGAGAAAGAGCUGA